UGGAAAGAAAACAUAAGCUUGAUAAAAUGUUUGACGAGCUAAGUGGUGCUCUGGAACUCGAGGUGUGCAGUCCUGAUUAACGAGAGAAAAAAAUAGUGAGAAGACAAAGAUGUCUGGUUACCAGCUUUACUAUUUUCCAAUCCGUGGUAGAGCAGAAAUGGCCCGAUGGGCUUUUGCAGUUGCUAAAAUUGACUUCGAAGAUGUUCGAUUGAGUGGCGAAGAAUGGGCUAAGGAAAAAGCGUGUAAGUACAAAAAUUAGAAUCAAUUAGUGAAUUUCUUUCGAAAAGUUUCUUAAAGCUUUAUGGAAGUUGAAGCGAACACAGCAGUCUUGUGCAUGUAACUUAAAUAAGUUUCAGUUUCGUGACUGAUCUUCCACACUUGAAUAAACUGUUGUUGUUGUUGUUGAAUAAACCUGGUACAGUUUAUAAGCUUGCGUUCGAUUUUCAAGAAAGAAGAAUGCAUGGUUAUAACGGUAAAAGCUUGUCAGUUGAAGGUUAGAUUGAAACUUUCAUAAAGCUUGAGAUGAAUUGACCUCCAACAACUUAAUUAAUGGGUGAUUCUUGAUUCCAUCUUCUCUUCCAGAGAAACUCCUUUGUUUCGUGACAUUUAAAAUGUAGCAGGGCGAGACCUCUAAACGAAUCUUUGUGCAGUCCUAGGGCCUGUUACAUAUGAGAUCAGGUGCUGUACCAGGAUGCCUCAGUUCAUGCCUUGUUUCCUCUUAAAGUUUUAGUCGAGCAUAUAUAUGAGGAGGCAGGCUAGCCCGCUUGCCGAGAUUUUUAGAUCGGGCAAAAUUUUCCAAGACCCACUUUUUUCGAGAAACCAUUCUAUACCCCUACAAGUUGGCCAGCCUGCCUGCUCAUAUAAACACAGCAACAAUUUUAAGAUGAUAUAAGCUGCCUUGGCUCAUACCUUGUGUCCUCUUAAAAUUUCCGUUGUGUUUAUAGAAGGUCGAGGCACUGGCUGGCCCCCUUGCCAAGAUCUCGGCUAGAGCAACUGGGAUCUUGGCAAGGUGGGCCAGCCCACCUUCUCAUAUAAACAUAAAGUAGUUUUUUUAAGGAAGCAUUAGGCUUGAAUAGGCCAGCCUGGCUAACUAGGCUUGCUCACGGCAUAUAAACAGGCCCUUAAAUGAGCACGAUUUCGCGAUUUUUAAAGCUAGUUCCACGAGCUGUCAGCUGAAACAAACUUCUUUGUCAUGCUUUCUGAGUUUUCAUGCUCCAUUUCCUCGAGGUCAAAUAUCACAAAUAUACACCUCAUAUUCCAAAAUGACUUGCAAUUUAUUUACAUUUAGUCAUUUGUCUUUACGUUAGUUGGUCCUCAACUAGACUAGCUGUUUACUUGCAUAGCCAAAAAUUCUUUUGAAUCAUAAAGUUGACCUGAAAGUAAAGAAAUCUACAAUAAUUUACAGAAAUAUUGAAUGGUUGCUAAUGAUCACUGAGGUCUAUUAAGUUAUUGUGAAAUGACAAUGAAUACAACCUGUAUUGUGUGAAUCAUUGAAUUUUGAUCCCUUAAUUAUGGCCACUCAUGCAGGGCAGUUAAUCAUUAUGCUGCUCAGUGUAUUGGCUGGGCAUUUUAAUAGACUAAUAUACAAGGGCCUUUGAAAUUGCUCUACUAAUACUUUUGGAUACCUGACAGUGAUAUUAUACUAUUUUUCUUUUUUUGGAUUGUUGAAGUACUUUCUAAAACUUCCGCUCAUAAGCCCUGAGCUUUAUAUAGAACUUUAUAAGGGGUCUUAGAAGGGCUGGGCUUUUAACCAAAGUAUCAAAUAUAGUGUUUCAAAACAAGAAUCACAGCAGUACUGAUUAAAAUACUUUUUGAAACUACUGCAUCUUCUGGAUACUCUCAAUCCCAAAUCUCACCCCCACUGUGCCCUACAAUGGCCUCUACCGGGGGGCUCCGCCCAAAAGGGAUACCUUUUUCAGGGACCAGGUAUAUGAAAGGGUAGGAUUUCACUAGUUGAAGUAUAUGAAAUGGUAGGGAAAUCUUCCACUUUGGACUGUAAAAAGGGCCAAAAGGGCCACAGAUAGAACAUUUUAAGGGUGUGAAAAAGUCAAGAAAAUAAACUUUCUGUUUUUGGGAUUUAUUCAUAUUUGAAAGACACUGGUGCAUUUACUGCAGUAGAAAGGGAUGGGUACCUUUUGUGUCAGAAAUGGUGUAUAAAAGGGUGGGGGUCAGACCUCAGGAUGGGGCCUCUCUGUAUAAAUAUGUGGUGGUCACUCUUCUCCCCCCCCCUCCCCCUGGGGGGGGUUAAAUGGCUUGCACCCAUAGCAUAAUUAUUGUUAACCCAAAUUUGCUGGCAAAACAGAAACAUCAAAUGUUGUAAAAGAACGAAGAUUUUUUGCUAUUGAUUUUAGCUGGCAGAGCACCCUUUGGUCAGAUGCCAUUUCUUGUGACUCCUGAAGGAAAAGUUCUUGCCCAGUCUGGUGCAAUUAUGAAAUACAUCUGCAAGAAAGGAGGUAAAUAACAGUAACUUACAGUAACUUAUUUCAUUGAGUUAAGGAAAUUUAGGAGUCAUGUGUAAGGGUUUGUUGGAAGGCAGGGGCAUAGCCAGCUCAUAGACCUGUAGGCCGGGGCCUACCAAUUUUUGUCUUGAUCACUCUACCGCUUGUAAUAAAUUAUGAGUUGUCGGGAUGCGCUAAAAAGCUUAAGAGCUGAAAGUGUUGGUUAGGUCAGUGCGUACUAGUUUUUAUGCGUGCAUUUUCAGGAUAUGUGGAAAUGAAAGUCAGCCAGGCCUACAACUAGUCGAAAGGCUAGCCACGCCCCUGGAAGAGGUUUGACUAAUCGGGUAGAAUACAGCAUGAUUUAUAUACUUCGCGUUGCUGUUUGUUGGUGGUAAAGAUGGGGUCUCGAUCACGUUUCUCCGGAAAUAAAACGGUCCUUUCACAAUUCACAAAAAUAACGGGCAUUAUGAGAAUCUCGUCUGAAGGCCUAUUAGUAAAAAAAUCUUUCAAAAUCGUGAUUCACGAGAAAAAAAAUAGCCAUUAAAAUAGCCAUUACACAUUUCAGGACAAAAAAAUAGGGCCGAUCUUGAGCCACGAAAAUACCCUUUAAACCACCCUCUCAUUUGUUCAAGACCGUUUACAACCAGGAGAUCAUAAUAGCACCUCUUGGUAAAACCUUCCUUCCCUCUUUAAAAUUAGGUGUUGGAUUUUUGCUAAUGCUGUAAUUGAUCAUUUUGGGAGCUUCUUUACGUAACAGCCUAUUACCCUUGAAGAAAGACUAUCACUGGCGUAGAUCACGGUCAGCAUGAGAACCUCCUAUAUGUGCUACAUUGAGCGCAAUUAAUUCCGCAAUGAAUUAUAAUCCACCGUUAACGUUUGUCUACCUUUCACAGGUUUGCGUGCCAAAACAGAAAAAAAAAAAACAAUUUUUCGAUCUUUAGCGAACAAAUUUUACGAAAUUUCGUGUUAAAGUCCAGUCCCGGACCAAAACGAUUCCUAGAUGAAUUUCGUAGACAAAUGCUCUAUAGCAAUUGCCCAUAAAAGGCUUAGUUAAAACAAGACGGCGUGCGUUUUGUCCUUUGUUCUAAACAGGGUAUUAAAAUUGAGGGUGUUGUCCUAAAUCGGGUAUGUAUUUUAGGAUUUUUUUGUCCUAAUCAUGGUCAAGGUUUCAAACCCCUCCUCCACCAUGGGGUAGUCGUACAGCAAAUGUUGCGCAGGAUGUACCCUGGGGGCGGCUGUUGCAAGCAGUGGUGAGGCAAUUCAUCAAUUCAGAAACGAGCAGGAAACUGGGCCCGAGUUAACUUUCGCAAAGACGUCUGGGACUGUUACUAUGAAACAGGGUGGGGGGGGAAUUUGGCCAAAAGGCUGUCCUUGCUACGUUGCUCUUGUUUUCAAAUCCUGAUUUCGAACCAUUUCCAAUAUAUUUGUCAGGUAUGAGUCCAUCGGACAGUUUUGACGAAGCACUUGCUGAUAUGAUCCAUGAUGGUGUUUAUGAUUUGCGAAAUGAUUUGAGCAAAGGACACCAUGAGAAAGAUGAGACAAAAAAGGUAUGAUUCCACAGCUUGACUAGUAUCCCAGGGGUGGGAUACUCCACCCGAAGGGGUACGUUUGGGGGACUUCAGCCAUCAGGGGCCCAUAACCGGCAGCGAGCAACUUCCAUGCGCUCGUGUCACGGCGUUGUCACAGACCAGGUUAUUUUUAGAACGGUUUGGCGCGAAUUUUGAAUCUUAUAAAUUCCACAAACCAGUCAGUAAAACCUACAGACCUGAAAAUUACAUUUGUUGCCUUUUAAUUAGUGUUCCUUUUUGAUAUCUUAUACUUCGAAUGUGCUCAUAGACAUGCUGGAGAUUCUAUUUUCGCGGGAAAAAGUGCCCUAAAAUUUGUCUAUAAAUAAACUGGUCCGUAAAAACGCCGUAAAGGCCUAGUAUGGGAGUUGCUCACUUUGGGUUAUGGGCUCAGUGAAAAGGUAAGGAAUUUUACUCUUUGAAGUAUAUGAAAGGUGUAGGGAAAUCUGUAUUAUUGGUCUGUAAAAGGGCUCAAAAGGGCUUAGAGAUGGAUUUCAUGGCUGAGGAAAAAGUCAAGAAAACGUUCUGUUUUUUUUAGUUUAUUCAUAUUCGAAAGACAUUGCGUUUACAGCAGUUAAAAGCCGGGAUGCAAAGGUCUAAACUAGGUAUGUGAAAGGUGUGCCAUUUGUCAAUAAAAGGUUUAAGAAAGGGAUCUCUUUUUUGUCAAAAAUGGUGGAUGAAAGGGUAAGGGGUUAAACUUAGUUGAUUAGCACUUCCCAGGGACUAGUAGUUAGAAAAAAAGCCUCUAUUUAGGAUGGCUAAUAGGUUUUUUGGGCAAACGGAAUUUGCCUUACAUGAAAGCCGGGAUUCGGAAUUUUAUAGCAAAACGAUGGCGAGACUCGGAAUUGAAAGUACGGGCGGGAUGCGGGGUGUCGAAAAUAACCCUCGGGAUUACGGGAUUGCGCGAGAUAAGGCUCGAGAUAAAAAAUCGUCCAUUCUUUUUUAGAAACAUGGUCGAAAACUUAAAAGUAAUUUGUUUUUAAUGAGUUACCCGACUCUAGCUAUUUUGACUUCUGACGGAGUAGGCCAGUCAACGCCCACCUAAACCCGGCGCGCGCGCGCCGUGCAUGUGGAAACUCAUUUUAAAUUUAUCUCUAUUUUAGGUAGAGCUUAUGACGAAGUUUUUCUUGACUACUCUUCCUGAGCGGCUUGGCAAAUUUGAAGCUAUUCUCAAAAGCCGAGAUGAAGGCAAGGGCUUCUUUUUUGGAGACAAGGUAAAUAAACAGGAUAAAUAAGUAACCUUAACUCAGAGCCGUGCCGAGAAUUUGGCAGUUCCAUCCUGGCGCCCGACCCACCCUACUGACCUCAAACCCUGACCCAUCCCCCAUCACAACCCAUUCGUGACAACAUAGUUAGUGAAAGAAACUGGUUAUGAACGCCGGCAAAUAUCAAAGAUGAAAACAACCGACGGUGCUGCAGUUUAUGUGUUGGGAGCUUCCUGACCGUUCACAAUCCUUUGUUUUUUUGUCGUAAAUUGAGACUGAAUGAACUAUUAAAUCAGGACUCGGGAAAAAUAAACUUGAAUUUCAGCUUGUCCUUUGGGCAAGCAGUUUUCACAUUUUGUUUGCCCGGGGCCACUUCUUGCUCGACUUAGUUAAUGGUUUUGUUACAGGGACUGGCCUAGACCUUUGCCCAUUGGGCUACUGUUUUCUAAAACUUGUCCAGCAAGAAAAUCUUCUUGCCCCGGACCGCUGGACGGGGUUUCAUGCGACAUUUUUCUUUGGUCGAUAAGAUCAUGAAAUGAUAGGAAUACUAUUGAACUUUGUGCACCGUUAAGUCCAAAAAAGCUGAAAAAAAAAAGACCGAUAUCAAAGAACUCUUUUGGGCUUCAAAACCAUUCCACUUGAUUCACUAUGAUGGUAAAAGUCAGAGGGUCGAGUAGAAAUCACUUGUCAUAAGAGAAUUUUAAUUUGAGCGAUGCCAUCUUGCAAAAACAGACCAUUUUCGUUUCCUUAAGCUAUGAAAGAACGCAUAAAGAUUUGGAAAGUAAAGUUAGUUCUACAGAAGGAAGUUGAAAAGUGUCAUAUCUAGAGUCAUAGUUUAUAUGGACUUCGUUGUGAAAAGAAAAUACCGUAAACGAUCUGAUAGAUCAAUUUAAUUUUAGGGGUCCAAGCGGGUGCGUUUAAUAGAUAUGAGACGUUUCAAAAAGACAGGCGUUUAUUCUUGUUACUGCAACGAACUAGACAAAACUGAUACGGUUUGCUUUCGGCAAAACUCCAGUCCUUCCAUUUUUUGACACUCGUUAACACUGCUGCGCACACCGUAAUUUUUAGGGAGUUAUUAUAACUCCAAAAAUGGAGUAAAAAUUUUAGGUACUGGAUAACCCCUUUUUUGGGUCUAUUUUAACUCCUAAUUUAACUCCGAAUUUGGGGUCAUUUUUACUCCUGAAAAAGAGUUCUUUUUACUCGCAGUCUGGAGUGAAAAUCACUCCGAAAUGGGGUUACUUGUACUCCUUACAUGGGUUGUUUUUACUCUUUUUGGAGUUAAUUUAACUCUGAAAGUGGAGUAAAAAUUUUAGGUACAGGAUAAUUGCUGACAUACUGAGCAAAGAGAUCAAAAAGAUCAAAGAGCGCUAGUUACUUUGAACUUAACAUUGAACGAGAUGUAAUGCGCAACCAUUUUUGAUCAAGCAAGGACGUGAAAAAACGAUUUUGCUCUAUACAUUUCGCCAUUAAUUUUGUUAGUAUUUUGGAGAAAUUUUUAUCGGGAGUGGAAUGUUUAUUAGACAGGGACCGUUUGUUAGAGAGGGGCGUUUGACAAAACUUAAAUGCUUUGGAGGGGUGUAUAUUGGAUAAGAGGCGUCUAUUAGAAAGUGGGUGGCUAUAAGAUCAUUUACGGUAGUUAUCAUUAAACCUUGAUAACAUUUUCAAAUUUGUUCAGACAAAUUAAAAAGCCUCAGCUCUGUACUAAGCCCUUCUUUGUUCCCUCUUUCUUCCUCUCCAGCUCACCUAUGCCGACAUUUCGUUCGUUGAAUUCGCUAACGGCUUAAAGCUUAGCAUAGACAACCAGAAAGCUAAAGGUAAUCCCAUGCCAGAUAUCGAUGAGAUAAUCGGCAAGUGUCCUCUGUUGGUUGCUUAUAUCGACCGUGUGUUGACCGUGCCUGAAAUAAAGACCUGGGUCGAGAAACGUCCCGAUUCCGAGAUCUGAGCCCGCAAUCGACGCGAUGCAUGUAGCACAUGUAAACUUAUUAUUAUAAUAAAAAAUGAUACAAAUAAAGUCAGCUUAUAUAAUGCGAGAAUUGCUGUUUUUGGAGGAAAUAUGGGUCUCUUUCCAUUCAGCCCAAAAUUCCCGAAAUUUCGGUUAGAAAUCAAAUGGAAAGAACCAUUUCGGUUCUGUCUGACCGGAAUAUUUGGGACCACCUUUGUCCCUUUCCAUUUGACAAAAUUGUUGUCUCCAGUACCGCUGUUUGGUUCUUGUCUACAAGAACAAUAACCAAACGCGCUUUGGCUUUGGUCGGGUCUGUGCAACCCGAAUGUACCAUUCCAUUGGGCACGUGGAAUUUUCGAAAUUUCAAACCUGAAUUUUUUUGUUGAAUAGAAAGCGGCCGUGGUUUAUAACGAUCUAAUGAUGUGCCUGUCAUCAAUUACAAUCGAUCAUUGGCCAGGCCGAGUUGUUUUAUCUUUCCAAGUAUGAGAUUCUGUGGUGUGAAUAACCUUUCAUGUUUAAAUAUCAGACUUUUUCGCCAUGGGGUAUUCAAAACUUUUCCUUCAAGUGGUUAUUGCAGAAAGUUAAUACGUGAUAGAAUGAAGAUAAAUUGGAAAUGGAAAACAGCAGAUUUUCCAGUUCAAUUCUUCAGCACCGUCUUUCCCAGCCAUGGACCGACACCCUUAAAAAGAAUGUGAAAGGUGGCGAUGAUCAUGAGCUGUCUUCAUUUGUGGUACCAACAGUUCUUUUUCCACAAUGAAGCGGAUCAGGGACACAAAAUAAGUAGUUCUGCGAACAUUUUUUCCGCAUGUUUUUCCUUUUCGUCUUAUAUCAGUUAAUGCUUUCUGGAAAUUUUUUAAGGCUCGGAAAUUCCAGCCGGGAAUUUUUUUUUUGGGGGGGGAGGGGGGGCUCAUUUUUGGUCCAGGGUUUAUUUAGCCUCCCCCGGCCACGCAGGCGUUUUUAGGGGAGCUCGUUUUUCAUCCCUCCCCACAAACGCCUGCUCAACCAAAGACAACAUUCCUUUCCCAACCUUACCCAAUCACAUUGUACUUUCCAAAUUCUGGAGAGUUGACCUUGACCGCAAGGUAAUCUGAUAAUUACUCGAUCUGCGUUAAACACUGGGAAAGCUUUCUGACCUCUAAUAAAUUUUAGAUUCAGAGCGGCAAAAAUAAGAUUUAGUCAAAAUUUAGAAUACUCCAUGCACUGCAUAACCUUAGCGAAGGAAAGAAAAGAAGGAAAACGGUAACUCUAAGGUCACGUUCAGUCGUGUUUAGCCUGUCAACACUUUAUUGCACAACUGUUUAUUGGUCACGUACCACGCAAAUAAAACAAUGGGAAAGGAAUGUUGUUUCCGGCUGUGCAGGCGUUUGUGGGGAGGGAUGAAAAACGAACUCCCCCAAAAACGCCAGCGUGGGAGGCUAGGGUUUAUUUGGCGUUUUGAUUUUUUGCCCUUUCGAUAAUAUUCCCGUCACUUGCAAUCCGCAGUAUCCCCCGCUGGGGCUUUCCCUCUUCCUUAGAGGCUCCCACUGCGUUCUAAGGCUUAUCGAACUUUGCCUAGUCUCUGUCUCACAUCUUCGCUUGGACCACGUGACCCGAAACGCUUUGCACGCGCGGAAUAAUGACGCCUAGGGACUAGGGAAUAUCUAACUAUCGACAAAAUCACGAUAUUAACGCUGCGAUAGUGAUGGAUCGAUAGCAAAAAUGAAAAAUCGAUAGCAAUCGCGAUAGUGUAGCGAACUAUCGAUAGUUUCUAUACUUCUACCAUUUUGACUUCUUUGGAAAAUAAAGGCACCUUUUGAAGCCAUCUUUGAUUCUUAAGUUGACAAUAACCGUAAAAAAGAAACUAAAAACAAUCUACCGCCCUACUGCUCCUAGAAUGCUUUAGCGUCUUGAUUUUUGAACAGCAUAGUACCAGUAUUGUAUGAUCACUGCUUCGUAUAGUUAUCUCUUAAAGUAUAAGAGGCAUGAAGUAAAAACAGAUCAUUCGUGAAAAAUAUCCUAAUACAAUUGCAAUAGUACCUCUACUAUCGUAGAACUAUCGUAAUAUCCAUGUGGCCUCUUGCAAUACAAUCGCAAUAGUUAAAAUUUCCCUUUUAACAUGGCUGUCAACCCCCCAAGGCUUUAAAUAUUGACUUGAUAGGCCGAAGGGAUGAUAGAACCUCCUUGCCACCCUAGCUGUUAUAUUAAUGCAAAAAAUUUGAAAUUUUAUCGGUCGGAAGGUCGAGUCUAUAAGAAAUGAUAAAAUUAACCUUGAGCUUUCAGACUCUAAUCUGGAGACAGGAGAUAUGAUCACAAAACUGGAGUCUCCCAACCUUUUUCUCUCUAUAUAAAGGUAAACCUUACCAUGCGAGCAGUGGCCCUUCGAUCUUCCAAGAUCCUUCCUCUUCCCGACUUAUCUAGGAAAAUCGAAGGGCCUCUGCUCGCAGGGUAGGUAAACCUUUACUGAGAGAGAAAAUCGUUUACAUGAAAACCCAUAAAACGGUCAUAAAUCGGCCCGUGGACCACACAGGAGAGACGUAACACACAUUUUAAGUAAGGUAAGCUGUUGUUUAUUGAAAUCCUUUCAUUUUCGUACGUUACAGAAACGAUAGGUUUUUUUCCCAUACACAAUGUCGAUGUUCGCCGAUGCUCAUAUUUCGAGCUUGGGCUACCUGUGGUCUCCAGGAUUAUCCGGGAGAGUUGCGUGACUCAAGUGAAGCGCUUACUGUCAGGGCCUGGGUAUGAGCUAAACGCCGAGUCAUUUCAAAACCAAACAUUAUAGUUCGGCUAAGAUGUAGCUCAAGGUUUCGACAGGCUAAGCAGUGUUUCACUUGAGGUGUACAAAAGUAAAAAGAAAAAGAAGAAGAUGUCUGCUGGUUACCAGCUUUACUAUUUCCCAGGCCGUGGUAGAGCAGAAAUGGCCAGAUGGGCUUUUGCAGUUGCUAAAAUUGAUUUCGAAGAUGUUCGAUUGAGCGUCGAAGAAUGGGCCGAGGAAAAAGCAUGUAAGUUAAGAAAAUUAGAAGUUAGUUAGUCAGGGUUUAUGGAAGUUGAAACAAACACUGCAGUCGUUAUGCAACAUUAAUCACUUGCACAGCAUAGACUUCUAUACACUUUCGUGCGAUUACAAUCUCCAUUACUAUUAUUAAAGCUUACAUGAUGCUUUAUUUUUUAAGAGAGAAGAAUAAGUAAAGGACAAAGCGUGCAUAUUAAAAGUAAAAGGUUGGGACCAAAUUAUGAAUCAACCUCCAACAACAAAAACUUUAUAAAGAAGCUUGUCUUGUGCUCUUCUCUUCGGGAGACAACACCUUCGUAGCAGGGCGAGAACCCUGGGGUGGGGGUUGGGGGUACUCCCAGAAAUUUCGGAUAGGUGUGUGCCACCCUGGGUACUUACCCUGACACUAUUUGAGAAUGAGACAAGCAAAAUAAAGGCCAAACCCCCCGAAAUGAUACCCUAUUCAAAAGGAAAAAACAAGAAUUACAGUGGAACCUCGAUGUAAUGAACCUCUAUGUAAUGAAGUCCUCGUUAUAACAAAUGAUUUAUUUACCCCAGUAAUAGUAAAAUAUAUCGAAAAGAACCUUGAUAUAAUGAAUCCUCACGUCUCUUGACACUUCGUUAAAUCGACGUUCCACUGUAUUUUAAUAACAACACUCACAAACCUUUGUUACUGGUAAAUUGCUUUCCUAAUACCGGUACUAGCACUCUUAGGGAUAGCUCAGUUUUAACAGAUAAUAUUUGUUUCUAAUGUAGCUAGGCAUAAAAUAUUGCAUACUUGAAUUUUAGCUCAUACAAUUUAGGUACCCAGUCUAAGGAAAACCCUGGGAGCACAUUACUUGAGAUAAGAAAAAAUGAUACCCUAUUAAAGACCUUCAAAAACCAUACCAAUUUUUAAAAGCAAGGAAGCACCAUACCAACUCCGCAGGAUGGCCAGUACCUUAUGUAUGCACACAACUAACCAUAUCAUCCCAUUAGUGGCAGCCAUUGACAGCUGUUUCAUUGUAGGACUCAUUGGCAUGGCAUAGCCCCAGGCGAGAGGUUUCACUUGAGAUCAUCGACCCAAUUUUAGAGCCUGCCCCGAUAAUAAGGGCACCCUGUUAAUGCGACCAAAUCUUUUUGACCCAUUGGUGACCAUAUUAACAGGGUUCCACUGUACAUUAUUUUCAAAGGAAUAACCUUUUUUUUUUACCUUGUUAAUUUUAGCUGGCAGAUCACCACUUGGUCAGAUGCCAUUUCUCGUGACUCCUGAAGGAAAAAUCCUGGGACAAUCUGGUGCAAUUAUGAAAUACAUCUGCAAGAAAGGAGGUAAACAAAAUUACAUUCCAUAUGGAAACUAAUUUUAACAGUUAUUAAGGGAAGUUACAAGUCAUGUGUAAGGGCUAAUUGAUAGGAGUUUGACUAUUUCAUGGGUCCAAUAGAGCUUGAUAUACAGUCGGACCUCUAUUCAGGGGACACUCUCAGAGCUGUGGUAAGUGUCCCUGAAUAUAGGUAGGGCUGGAGUUUGUUAAUAAUGAAUCAACUAAGAAAAUCACAGUGUUUUUUUUUUUCAUUCUGCCUUGGAAUCAGCUGCAGUCUUCACCUGAAUAAUGUAUAAAAAGUCGUGAUUACCAGCUGUGUGUUGAUUUCCCACCAGUGCACCACUUAAAAGUGAGAAAGGCCAUACAACACAUUCUUAAACUACAGUGGAACCCCGUUGAUACAGUCACCAAUGGGCCAAAAAAAUUUUCCUUCGGUGUAUGAAACUCUUUUAAAAUUUGGCUAUAAAUCGCCACAAGUGCAUUUUAAGUGUACUGUAGUCUGAAAACAGUACAAGAAUAAGCUUUAAAUUGCUAGGUCAAUAAAACUGACUUGUCACAGGCAUUUUAAUUUUCUAAAUUUCCAACGAGUGGCUGUUUUAAUGGGGUGAAAUUUUAAGAGAUUCUACCGUCGACUCCCGGUAACUUAAACCUCUAUAACUCGAACCUCCCACUAACGCGAAGCAAUUUUCAUUUCCCUUCAGAUCAUUUUCUAAUAUAAUUUUACCCUCGAUAACUCAAACUCUCGAUAACUUGAAUUUUUUUCUAUUUCCCUUGAAGGUUCAAAUUAACGGAAGUGCACUGUACUGUUUGGGAUUUUAAUAUGUGGCCAUUGGCCGUAUUAAUGGGGGACCGCAUUAAAGGGGGUUUUUUAUAAGGAAAUGUAUGGCCGUCUUGCUAGGCCAAAAAAAACUGGCCAUAAUAAUGAAGCGGCCAUAAGGCAGUGUUCCACUGUACCUGAAUUGAGGUUAAUCCUAGGUUUGGGGACCUAGGAAAGGUGUCACUUUUCCUUGAACAGAAGUGUCCCUUCAUAUCAUGGGUAACAAGUACAAAGAUUAAUAUGAGAACAUUUUUCCAAGACCAAAUUUUGUGUCCCAUGAAUGGAGGUUUCUCUUGAAAAGAGGUGUCCCAAAGUAGAGGUUCCACUAUAUUUACUUUGCAUUGUUGUUUGGAUUGGUAAAGGUGGGUCUCGAUAACGUCCCAUGGAAGUGAAAUGGUGUCCCUGUAGCAGAACCAAUUUUUGAACCAAUGAGUGACAAUGAGUAAAAUUCUUUGAAUUUGAGCACUGCUAGCCCAGCAGGGGGGCCUAUAUUGGGAGGCUCCACCCAAAAGGGACACUGUUCUGGUUUUGUGACUCAUUCAUAUUUUUAAGACAGUGCUGUUACAGCAAUGAAGAGGGAUCAGAUGUUGUUAACUAGGUUUAUGAAAGCCUGUUCCAGCGGUUCAGAUAGUACGGUGCAGCGUUCUGGAACAGGCUAGUGAAAUGCGUCCCCCCGCCCCAAUCCCCUGCUACCCCCACUCCCCUUUUCUAGAUCCCGCGUUUCCUGUUUCCAAUGACCUUGUUUUCACCCUGUCCCUAUUAUCUGAGAACCAGGCGCAGGCUAUUUCAAACCCUGAUUUCAAACGAUUUGUGAUAUGAGAAAUGAUGUGAUCACGUGCACGAUGUCAGGCACACAUGUCCAAUAAACACAAACGGAUACGAUUCGUCAAACUGAUGGUCCAUUGGUGCCAAUGGUACGAUUGGUACCAAUAGAAAAGCACCCUAUUCCAAUGGUUCUGUUGGUGCAUAUGCAUCUAAUUAAGGGGACUUACAUUAUUUUCCCAUGUGACCUGGCUGGGUACAGGGCAAUUCCGAUGGUCCAUUGGUACCAAUGGUGCGAUUGGUACCAAUGGAAAAUGAUGCCAUUCCAAUGGUUCUAUUGGUGCAAAACAAGUUCACUUUUACACCAAGUGAAAACGCGCUAAUAAUUAUUAUGAACGUUCCUCGUUCUAUAAGAAAACCACGCAAAACAAGUUCGCUUUUACAUCAAGUAAAAGCGCGCUAUAAUUCUUAUGAAUAUUCCUCGUUCUAUAUCCCAAUCACGCAAAACAAGUUCGCUUUUACACCAAGUAAAAGCGCGCUAUGAUUCUUAUGAAUAUUCCUCGUUCUAUAAGCCAACCAUGCAAAACAAGUUCGCUUUAAAACCAAGUAAAAACGUGCUAAUAAUUAUUAUGAAUAUUCCUCGUUCUAUAAGCCAACCAUGCAAAAAAGGGUCGUUUUUACACCAAGUAAAAACGCGCUAAAAAUUAUUAUGAAUAUUCCUCGUUCUAUAAGCCAACCACGCAAACCAAGUUCGCUUUUACACCAAGUAAAAGCGCGCUAUAAUUCUUAUGAAUAUUACUCGUUCUAUAAGCCAGCCACACAAAACAAGUUUACAUCAAGUAAAAGCGCGCUAUAAUUCUUAUGAAUAUUCCUCGUUCUAUAUCCCGAUCACGCAAAACAAGUUCGCUUUUACACCAAGUAAAAGCACGCUAUGAUUCUUAUGAAUAUUCCUCGUUCUACAAGCCAACCACGCAAAACAAGUUCGCUUUUACACCAAGUAAAAACGUGCUAAUAAUUAUUAUGAAUAUUCCUCGUUCUAUAAGCCAACCACACAAAACAAGUUCGCUUUUACACCAAGUAAAAGCGCGCUAAUAAUUAUUAUGAAUAUUCCUCGUUCUAUAAGCCAACCAUGCAAAACAAGUUCGCUUUUACGCCAAGUAAAAACGAACUAAUAAUUAUUGUGAAUAUUCCUCGUUCUAUAAGCCAACCACACAAAACAAGUUGCCUUUUACACUAAGUAAAAACGCGCUAAUAAUUAUUAUGAAUAUUCCUCGUUCUAUAAGCCAACCACGCAAAACAAGUUCGCUGUUACACCAAUUAAAAACGCGCCAUAAUUCUUAUGAAUAUUCCUCGCUCUAUAUGCUAACCGCGCAAAACAAGUUCGCUUUCACACAAAGUAGAAACGCGCUAAUAGUUACAAAGCGAGGGCGACCUAUAUAUCUAGCGCUAAUAAUAUCUCAAGAUGCUGCGAGUAUAACAAACAUCGUACGAACAUUAAAAUUGAAAGGUAACGCGUCACUGUCGUGUUCGUUCUGUUUAUUGUCAUUCACGAGCAAACAACAACAUGACAUAUGAAUGUCUUCUUUCCUGUACGCAAGCACUAUUUUUCGGUAAUUCUUACUUGUUAAAAGAACCCGAAACAACGCGGAAAGGCGCGAAACUAGCAAAGUGGUAUUGAGGCAACAGGUUUUAACAACUGCAUGUACUCAACUCACUGUGAAAUUAACUUCUGAAAUUUCUUAGCGCAAUUUCAUUAUCUACAAGGAAGCGUUUAAACCAAAACAAGUUUUCAAUGAAGAGUUUCCGAAAAGGGUGGUUAUAUCAUGCUAUUGCUCCUAAGAGAGCCGUUUUAUAUUCAAGUGACUGAAGUCACUUUUGACUGUUGACGUGGGGUUUGUCGUGCUAUAAUCAAGGUCGUAGUAAAACCAUUGAUGUAUUUAAUGUCAACGUUGUCCUUGACAAAUUGUAUUUGCCGUGCUCUUUUCUCGGCUGUAGCUUGCGAUGAGGCCAAUCGUACCAUUGGUACCAAUGGACCAUUGGAAUUGCCCUGUACCCAGCUAGACCACAUGAGAAAAUAAUCUAACUCUCUUAAUGACAUCCAUAUUCACCAAUAGAACCAUUGGAAUAGGGUGCUUUUCUGUUGGUACCAAUCGUACCAUUGGUACCAAUGGACCAUUGGAAUUGCCCUGUACCCAGCUAGACCACAUGAGAAAAUAAUCUAAGUCCCCUUAAUAAGUCUCGUUAAUGAGAUGCAUAUUCACCAAUAGAACCAUUGGAAUAGGGUGCUUUUCCAUUGCUACGAAUCGUACCAUUGGUACCAAUGGACCAUUGGAAUUGCCCUGUACCCAGCUAGACCACUUGAGAAAAUAAUCUAACUCUCUUAAUGAGAUGCAUAUUCACCAAUAGAACCAUUGGAAUAGGUUGCUUUUCUAUUCGUACCAAUAGUACCACCGGUACCAAUGGACCAUUGGAAUUGCCCUGUACCCAGCUAGACCACAUGAGAAAAUAAUCUAAGUCCCCUUAAUGAGAAGCAUAUUCACCAACAGAACCAUUGGAAUAGGGUGCUUUUCCAUCGGUACCAAUCGUACCAUUGGAAUUGCCCUGUACCCAGCUAGACCACAUGAGAAAAUAAUCUAAGUCUCCUUAAUGAGACGCGUAUUUCCCAAUAGAACCAUUGGAAUAGGGUGCUUUUUCAUUGGUACCAAUCGUACCAUUGGUACCAAUGGACCAUUGGAAUUGCCCUGUACCCAGCUAGACCACUUGAGAAAAUAAUCUAACUCUCUUAAUGAGAUGCAUAUUCACCAAUAGAACCAUUGGAAUAGGGUGCUUUUCCAUCGGUACCAAUCGUACCAUUGGUACCAAUGGACCAUUGGAAUUGCCCUGUACCCAGCUAGACCACAUGAGAAAAUAGUCUAAGUCUCCUUAAUGAGAAGCAUAUUCACCAAUAGAACCAAUGGAAUAGAAUGCUUUUCUAUUGGUACCAAUCGUACCAUUGGUACCAAUGGACCAUUGGAAUUGCCCUGUACCCAGCCAGACCACAUGAGCAAAUAAUCUAAGUCCCCUUAAUGAGAUGCAUAUUCACCAAUAGAACCAUUGGAAUAGGGUGCUUUUCUAUUGGUACCAAUCGUACCAUUGGUACCAAUGGACCAUUGGAAUUGCCCUGUACCCAGCCAGACCACAUGAGCAAAUAAUCUAAGUCCCCUUAAUGAGAUGCAUAUUCACCAAUAGAACCAUUGGAAUAGGGUGCUUUUCUAUUGGUACCAAUCGUACCAUUGGUACCAAUGGACCAUUGGAAUUGCUCUGUACCCAGCUAGACCACAUGAGAAAAUAAUCUAAGUCUCCUUAAUGAGAUGCAUAUUCACCAACAAAACCAUUGGAAUAGGGUGCUUUUCCAUUGGUACCAAUCGUACCAUUGGUACCAAUGGACCAUUGGAAUUGCCCUGUACCCAGCUAGACCACAUGAGAAAAUAAUCUAAGUCUCCUUAAUGAGAAGCAUAUUUACCAAUAGAACCAUUGGAAUAGGGUGCUUUUCCAUUGGUACCAAUCGUACCAUUGAUACCAAUGGACCAUUGGAAUUGCCCUGUACCCAACCAGGUCACAUGGGAAAAUAAUCUAAGUCUCCUUAAUGAGAUGCAUAUUCACCAAUAGAACCAUUGGAAUAGAAUGCUUUUCUAUUGGUACCAAUCGUACCAUUGGUACCAAUGGACCAUUGGAAUUGCCCUGUACCCAGCCAGACCACAUGAGCAAAUAAUCUAAGUCCCCUUGAUGAGAUGCAUAUUCACCAAUAGAACCAUUGGAGUAGGGUGCUUUUCUAUUGGUACCAAUCGUACCAUUGGUACCAAUGGACCAUUGGAAUUGCUCUGUACCCAGCUAGACCACAUGAGAAAAUAAUCUAAGUCUCCUUAAUGAGAUGCAUAUUCACGAACAAAACCAUUGGAAUAGGGUGCUUUUCCAUUGGUACCAAUCGUACCAUUGGUACCAAUGGACCAUUGGAAUUGCCCUGUACCCAACCAGGUCACAUGCGAAAAUAAUCUAAGUCUGCUUAAUGAGAUGCAUAUUCACCAACAGAACCAUUGGAAUAGGGUGCUUUUCUAUUGGUACCAAUCGUACCAUUGGUACCAAUGGACCAUUGGAAUUGCUCUGUACCCAGCUAGACCACAUGAGAAAAUAAUCUAAGUCUCCUUAAUGAGAUGCAUAUUCACGAACAAAACCAUUGGAAUAGGGUGCUUUUCCAUUGGUACCAAUCGUACCAUUGGUACCAAUGGACCAUUGGAAUUGCCCUGUACCCAACCAGGUCACAUGCGAAAAUAAUCUAAGUCUGCUUAAUGAGAUGCAUAUUCACCAAUAGAACCAUUGGAAUAGGAUGCUUUUCUAUUGGUACCAAUCGUACCAUUGGUACCAAUGGAGACCAUUCUUAUCACUACUAACACCAAUGGAGUCUAUUUGUGAGUAUUGGACAACCCUCAUGUCAGGAGCACAGGACAAAGAAAACUCUGAAUACCCGACAGGAAUUGAACCUACAACCCUCUGUUCGUGUCUGAUUUUUAUAAAUGUACAGUGGAACCUCGACGUCACGAAGGGCCAAGGGACUGGCAAAAUUUGCUUGCUAUACCGAUGUUUCGUUACAUGGAGGUUCUUUUUGAUAUAAUUAUUUUGCUAUUGCUAGGAUGAAGAAAUUUUCGUUAUACCGAGGACUUGGUUAUAUAGAGGUUCGUGAUAUCGAGGUUCCACUUUACUUGUCAGCUUUGAGUCCAUCGGACAGUUUUGACGAAGCACUUGCUGAUAUGAUCCAUGAUGGUGUUAAUGAUCUGCGGAAUGAUUUGGCCAAAGGACACUUUGAGAAAGAUGAGGGAAAAAAGGUAUGAUUCUUCAACUUUAAUAGACUAGAGAGCUUUAGCAACGACGACGGCGACGGCAACGAGGACGUUGAAAAAUCAAUAGGUUUAGAUUGGCAAAACAACAACUCUGCACGUGCAUCAUGCUUUUUUUUGUUGGUAAAUUUCUUUACCGUCCUUGCACGGCUACGACGUGAAAAUGCCUAAUUGCAAGUUUUAUGGAGGACGUGAACAAGCCACGACGAAUCUCUUUUUCUCUCUCUAAACUUGAGUGCGGUCCUCAAGAAAUCAACUCCAGGGAAAUUCGCCUGAAUUUGCCAUUUUCAGCAAAUUGGAACAAACGCGACAAAGAUUGAAAAGACGGGAAUUCAUUUUAAAACUGACGUUUUCGCUGCCGUUGCCGUCGUCGAUGCUAAAGCUCCCUAGUGUCCGGGGGGGCGGGGGUGGGAUACUCCCUAUCAUGGCCCAUACGGGGAGGCUCCACCCGAAAGGGGUACCUUUUUUAAGGUUUCAGCAAUGUGAAAUGGUCGGGGUUUUACCAUUUGAAGUAUAUGAAAACGGCUUGAGGAUGCAUUUAAUGGUUGUAAAAAAGUUGAAAAACGUCCUGGUUUUGUGAUUUAGUCAUAUUUAAGGACAGUAGUGCAUUUGUAUUUUAAAAGCCGGGAUGAAAAGCUGUAAAAUAGGCAUGUGUAAGGAGUAUCAUUUGUCAGUAGGUUUAAGAAAGUGGUCCAUUUUCUGUCAAAAAAUGGUAUAUAAAAGGGUAAGAAGCUGAACUUUAAAGUUGAACAUUAGACUAGUCUGCUUCGCAGAGGUAAUUUAACCUCGGUUAGUAACGUCUGCGAAGCAGGGACGCGAUUCUUGUUCUGUGCUCCCAACAGACUCAACGAAUUACCGGAAAUCCGUUUCGAAUUUCCUUUCAUGCUGAUUGGCAAAUUGACAAUAGAGACUUUUAGAUUCUAGGACGAGAACGACUACGAGUACGAGAUUUGGUUUAAAGUUUUUUCGCGUAUUCUUAAAUAAUUGACCCCCCGGAAAGCCUCAUUGCACUUCUUUUUCACCAAAAAAAUAAUGAAUUUUUUUUCUUUAUUGAUAGGGAGGUUAAGUUAUCUCUCAGCCGCAAAAUGAUAAGACCUCCAACACUUUAUGACUCGUUUCCGCUACCACGACAUUCUUGUAAGGGAAAGUUCAUUUAAUAUGACAAGGAGGGGGGGGAAAGAUAUUGAAACUCGAAGCUUGAAAUUUUAGCAGCCCCCUCGCUAGCGGUUCAAUUUUUAGGAGCCCGGAGCCCCCUCCUUGGUAGUCGAAAAAAAUUUCAGAGCCCCCCCCUCCUCCUUCAAUUCCUUUGCUCCCUGAAAAAAAGAUCGCUAGACUGUAUUAAAUAUAUUUACCGUUAUUGUCUUCAAUGGUUUAUACUAUGACAAACUUGAGAUACAGUUGUGAUACAAUUUUCUAAAGCAUUUUUGGGAUGAACAAGAGUGUAAUAAUUACUGAGACUACAUUUCUUAUAUCUGUAAACCACGUGAUAUAGCUGAGUUGCACUGGUCAUUAAAUUGUUGAGUUGAAAACCAUCCGAUCUGUAUGAUGACGUCAUGUGUUGGUUUUGAAGUAUACAAAUUUUCGGAGCCCCCCUCCUAGCGCAACAAUUUUUUCAGAGCCCCCCCUUCGGGUUUCUUAAAAAUUUCGGAGCCCCCCCUCAAUAUCUUCAUCCCCCCCCCUUGUCAUAUUAAAUGAACUUUCCCUAAAACUCGUAGUAGAAUGACGACGUCAAUCACGUUUUCCCGCCAAAAUGACGCUAGUUUACGCGCGUGCACUACUCAGUAUGGAGAAAAUCUCGUACUCAUACGUAGUCGUCCUCUUCUUAGAAUCUAAAGCUCUCUAGAAGCUUUCUUAACAGGCUAAUCAUGGCGCAUACUCAACUCCUGGUAUACAGGUGGGCCGGGCCCAAAAUAAGGAUUUCGGAGCUGUUUCGUAGACGAACUUAACCAGAGUUUAGUUUCGUCUGUGGCGCAGGCUACCCCGGGUGUUGGAAAAGAAGCUUCUAUCGAGGGUGUCCAGGAGGAUUUUCGGCAUUCGGGAUUUUAAAGCAAAACGAGGGUGAGAUUCUGGAUUGAAAUUAUUAGAGAGUUUAAGCUUCCGGCAAACGUCAGAUUCAAGUUGAGGAUUUCUCGAAAUAGAAAAUCAGCAGAUAAAAACAGCUCAAAACAAUUCCUAUGGAUAAAAAAUUGCGUGAAACUACUAAUUUAUGCGUAGAAAUAAUGAACAGUAACUUAGUCACGUGGUACAAGUUCGCUUUUGCCGUCUGAAGUAAACGUGAUGCUUAACCUCUCUAUACACAGCUGGAUGCGGGAUGUUGAAAAUAACUAUCGGGACUAUUGGAUUGCGUGAAAUUUGGUACGGGUUUACGGGAUAGAAGAACCCUAUUUGGGAACCCCUCUAUGGACAAUCGUCCAUUCUCAUUAAAAAACAAUAACAUUAUCGAAAAAUUAAAAAGAAACUUGUUUUUAUUUAGUUAACCGACUCUACUAGUCUUUGAUCAUUUUAACUUCUGACCGGAUAGGCCAUCCAAAAAAAAGAAGAAAGUUAAUCGGUUGUUUCCCAAUCUGUUAUCACGUGAUAUUCGACAAAGGUGUGACUGCCUUUCGUUAUUUUUUCUAAGAAUGUCUGACCAUAUUUACCGGUAUCUCUAUUUUAGAAGGAGCUAAUGACGAAGUUUUUCUUGACUACUCUUCCUGAGCGGCUUGGCAAAUUUGAAGCUAUUCUCAAAAGCCGAGAAGAAGGCAAGAGCUUCUUUUUUGGAGACAAGGUAAACAAACAGGAUAAAUAAGUUACCUUAACUCACAGCCGUGCCGAGAAUUCGGCAGUUACAUUUUGGCGCCGGACCCACCCUACUGACCUCAAACCAUACCCAUCCCCCUUCAUGACAGCACAAUUAUUGGAGGAAACUGGUUAUAAAACCCGGAAAAUAUACCGUUUAUGUGAUCGGAGUUUAAUUCCUGCCCGACCACAAUCCUAUGUUUUUUGUUCAUAAAUUGAGACUGAAUGAAUUACCGUAAAUGAUCUGAGAAAAUAAAGGGUCACUCUCAAAUAAAUCCCCCUGUCUAAAAAAGAGAGAGGGGCAUUUAAUAAAACUUAAAUGCGUUGGAGGUGUGUUUAUUAGAUAAGAAGCGAAUAUUAGAGAGUGGGCGCCUAUUAUGUUUACGUUAGAUAUCAUUAAACCUUGAUAACACUUUCAAAGUUGUUCAAACAAAUUAAAAAGCCUCAGCUCUGUACUAAGCGUUUCUUUGUUCCCUCUUUUCUUCCUCUCCAGCUCACCUAUGCCGACAUUUCGUUCGUUGCAUUCGUUAACGGCAUAAAAGUUAGCAUAGACAACCAGAAAGCCAAAGGUAAUCCCACGCCUGAUAUCGAUGAGUUAAUCGGCAAGUAUCCUCUGUUAGUUGCAUAUAUCAACCGUGUGUUGGCCGUGCCUGAAAUAAAGACCUGGGUCGAAAAACGUCCCGAUUCCGAGUUCUGAGCCCGCAAUCGACACCAUGC